UCAUAAAACAAAAUUGGUAAACAUGCUGAUUCUGAUAGUUGCAGCAUGUGUAAUUUUCCUUGCUGUAUGUUUUGCUGUUAUUGUCACAAGAGCUAUUUACCAAAGAAGGAAAUCCACGGUUUCAGUACUGGCUGUAAUGGGUUCAGGAGGACAUACAAAAGAAAUGCUGAGUCUACUGUCAGGUUUGGGUCCUCAUUACCAUCCCAGAUAUUACGUCAUUGCCAAUACUGACACCAUGAGUCAACAGAAAGUGGAACAGUUUGAAAAACAAAGGACUUCCACAGAGAAAAACAAGUCAGAAUAUUCAAUAGUCCUGAUUCCCAGAAGCAGAGAAGUUGCACAGUCUUGGACAAGCUCUGUCUUGUCAACAUUAAUAGCAUUGUGGAAGUCAUUUCCUGUAGUCUUCAAAAGUAACCCUGACCUUAUACUGUGUAAUGGUCCAGGUACAUGUGUACCGAUAUGUCUUGCAGGACUGAUAUUAAAGAUAGCUAGGUUGGGUAAACCUCGUAUAGUUUAUGUGGAAAGUAUAUGUCGAGUUGAGACUCUUUCUUUGUCGGCCUGGAUGCUUUAUUACUUGGUGGAUGAAAUGUUAGUUCAGUGGCCUUCUCUGCAGAACAAAUUUCCCAGAACCCGUUAUAUAGGAAAGCUUGUUUGAAAGGUGAUGGGUGACGCUUAUU